AUGGCGUCCCAAGACUACCGCUGGCAACACAUGGCCGGGGAUUUCAAGUUGUCGCUCGGCCAGUGCUUAGGAGCUGCUGCUGCAUUGAUUGUCGCAUACUGCUUAGCCAGAGCCGUGUACAAUCUCCACUUUCACCCUCUUGCUAGAUAUCCUGGGCCAAAGCUUGCCGCUAUCACCGAUGCCUGGUGGGCUUACUCGAGUAUUACUGGAAAGUACCCUUGGAUCAUAGAAAAGGUCAUCAAACAAUAUGGCGAUGUGGUUCGCAUUGCUCCCAAUGAGCUUGUGUUCCUGAAGCCCGAAGCAGCCAAAGACAUAUACCUCGCGCAGGAGAAGAACCUCGAGCUUUUCGUCCAAGUCGGGUACGACGCCUUGGAUACCGGCGAUGGUGGUAUCAGUGGCGAGACAGAUCCCGUCAAACAUCGUGAGACAGCGAAGAAACUUGCGCCAGCUUUCAGCGCGAGAAACUUUAAGGCUAAGGAAAAGGCUGUCCAUCAUCACAUAGACCUGUUCGUCCAGAGAAUGAAAGAAAGGGGGAGUGGUGAGCAAGGGGCUGAAUUACGAUGCUGGUCGGAUUGGCUGGCGCUGGACCUCUCUGCCGACAUGACAUACGGCCUCAUGAUGAAUCAAUUGCGUGACAUGAAAGAUUCGCUCCUCCUCAGCGCGACUUUGAAGCUGAAUCUCUUCCUAACAAUGAGUCAGAUCACGAGGAAAUUCCGCAUUCUUGCCCCGUUAGUGUACUUGACCAUUCCGCCAUCCAUAUGGUCGUUGAUGCCAAAGCUCAUUGGGAUGAACCAAGAGGAUGUCAAGGCCCGCCUCGAGCGCCGAGGCCAGACCGAGCACCUGGAUUACUUCGAGCAACUCUUCCCAGCGGACAAGCCUCUCCCUGAAGACAAGAAGUACAUAUAUCACCUGGAAAACGUCGCGGGACAACUUCUUCUGGCAGGUUGGCAGCCGCUUGCGAAUCAGUUCUAUUCACUGAUAUUUUUCAUACUAAAGGAGCCGGAGGCUUACGGCGCGCUGGUUGAGGAGGUCAGGGGUGCAAUCGCCAACUACGACGCAAUCACCAGCGAUAACACGGCUGGUUUGGAGUACCUUCAGGCUUGCGCGCAUGAGAGCCUUCGUCUCCAUCAAGAGACUACCGACGGGCUGCCGCGAGUGAGCCCUGGAGCGAUCGUGGACGGCAGAUAUAUCCCCAAAGGUGUGACCUGCCAGAUCAGCUACUUUGCUGCAGCACGAAGCCCGCAAUUCUUCACCGAUCCGCUGAGCUUCCGCCCAGGACGGUGGUUGUCGCCGGAGCACCCGAGGUUCGACCCGAGAUACAAGGAUGACAAUCUCAAGGCAUCCAAGCCUUUUAGUCAAGGACCUCGAGGAUGCCCCGGUGGGCCGAUAGCCCUAUCUGUCAUACGGCUAUUUGUCGCCAAGGUCUUGUGGGAAUUCGAUCUGGAAGCCGUGUCAGGUCAGGAUGGGUUGUCAUUCGACAGGGACUUUAGAUUUAUGACUUUCUGGGAGAGACCACCAUUUCGGGUCCGUUUCAAGCCUAUUCGACGGGCAUGA